AUGGGAUUCAGCUUCAUUCAAGUGGCGGCCUGGACACCGCACCAGAGCCCCAGUCCCAAACCACAACGAAGCAGCUAUGGUCAUUUCCGCACCUUCUCAUCCAUUUCACAGCAGUCCACCAAAUCGCUCCCGAAGCCGCCAUCCAUCACAGAGUCAUCCGACAUGGCGAUAUCAGGCGAGUUACCAGCGCUCCACCUACCGCCGCAACCAAAACGGAUGCCAUCCUCUCAGUCGCUCGUAAAAGAUGAGGAAUUUAGUACGAACCCCGAUCCCCGAAGUCGCGCGGCGAGCCUAGUCAACUCAGGCGGCAUGGCAACCCCCUUGCAGCAUCCAGACUUGGACAUCGAGGUUGCCACUUUGAGUACCAAGCUUGUCAACGCUCUUAAUCAUCAAACCACCCUGGACGACACCCUCGGCUCGACACGGCUCGAACUCGACUCAGCAAGAGAGAAGAUACGAGAGCUCGAAGAGCUAGUGGCAAAGCAACAGGAAACCUUGUCCGGCGAUGUGUGGAUAAAACGAGAAAGCGUCGAGGCAGAGAAGGCCAGACUGCUAGCGCGUAUCACCGAGGAGAAGAGGCAACGCGUCGAGGCUGAGAAAGAGAAGAGGAGGAUCGAGCAGGAGCUGGAGAACCUCACUACUGCGCUAUUUGAGGAAGCGAACAAGAUGGUUAUCUCGGCAAAAGAAGACGCACAUAAAGAACAAGACAUACUCCAACGCAAGAACGACCAGCUCAAGGCCCAGUUAGCCGACACUGAAAGCUUGCUGAAAUCACAACAAGAGCAACUGACGGAGCUCAAGGUCGUCAUGGAGCAGAUGACGGCCGAGCGCGACGACCACAGUGGAACGACGCCUUCUUCACCUGGAUUCAGCAAGUUUGAUUCGAGAGAAGAUGACAGCCAAGUUUCGGAUAGCGCUUCUCACAGUGGAAUCACGGAACCCUUUUCACCGACCUAUCCUACCAGUUUUACCCAUCUCCUACAACCUGUACUCAGAACCGACCUCGCCUCCUAUGAUGAUUUCUUGACGCUCGUUCACACGUCCAAGAAUGCUUCGAGUAGGGUUUCGUCGGGAUCUUACAGCGGUCUCAACCCCCUAUUGGGCCUUACCAGCGCUGGGUCUAACGCAUCAACGACGUCACUCUCGAUGAUGGGAACCCCAACAUCGAGCCUCUCUCCACAGACCCCGAACAUGCCAGCAUCCACCGUUAGCGCUGGCUCUACCACCUCUUCAGCCCAACUACCGCCUCUCAAGGAAACAAAGUUCUACAAGCGCGUGCUCGCUGAAGAUGUUGAGCCAACUUUGCGACUUGACAUCGCACCAGGUCUAUCCUGGCUAGCUCGUCGAUCUGUGAUCAAUGCCAUGACUGAAGGCACGUUGGUUGUGGAGCCUGUCCCAACGAAUAGUCCGUUCGCAGCCAUUAGCAAACCACAGUUCUACCCAUGUUCUCUUUGCGGCGAGAGCCGUAAGGAUACGUCACACCUUCGCAACCACCGUUUUCGCACGAGCGAGGCCGAUUCAGCCCAACGCUAUCCGUUAUGCAAGUACUGUCUCGGUCGCGUGCGGUCCACUUGCGACUUCUUGGGGUUUCUGCGUAUCGUCAAGGACGGACAUUGGCGUGCUGAUGACUCGGAUGCAGAGCGCGCUGCUUGGGAGGAGAGCGUCCGGUUGAGAGAGCAGAUGUUUUGGGGCCGAAUCGGAGGAGGAGUCAUACCGGCUUCGCAAGCUCCCGUGCAUGGCAGUAUUAUGGAGAAGAGUCCGCGGCCAAGUCAAGAAGAGCCCAUAAUCACAGACGCGCCGUUGGAGACACAAGCGCCAGAAGCGCCAGCGUCGCAAGAACCCAAAGUAACACUGUCGAUUACGAGAAACUCGACACAAUCAGUUGAAGUCAGCCCCUUGGAGCCUAACAAGGCCGGCUCUACACAACCACUUGAGGUCAAGUCGCAGGAGGUUGACGUCGACACCUCGACACAAUCACUGGAGGUCAAGCCCCAAGAGUCCGACAUGGACGGAACUCAAAAACUUUCAAUAAGCAUUCCCGGCUCAUUUGACGCCGAAUAA